AUGUCUGAAUCUUCUACUUCUUCUAUUAUACUAGGAUGUUCAGUAGCAGUGAUAUCAUCUGGUUUGCAAUCAUUAGGUAUAACACUACAAAGAAAAUCACAUUUAUUACACAUUCAAUAUCUUCCUAUAGAUUCAACUAUUCCAACAAAUACCAACACUAGCAAUAUAGAGGACCAACAGCAAGAACAUGAACAGGAACAACAUUUACGACGUCAAAUACAUUUAAAUCAUCAACAACAAAAAUAUAAACGAAAUAUGUGGCUUUUCGGGUUUUUAUUAUUUAUUAUAGCCAAUGUUUUAGGGUCAAUUAUUCAAAUAAGUACUUUACCAUUGAUUAUACUAUCACCUUUACAAAGUAUUGGAUUAAUAUUUAAUUCUAUUUUAAGUUGUUUAUUAUUACCUGGUGAUCAUUUCACUAAUAAAUUAUGGGUGGGAACUGGGAUAAUAUCUUUAGGAGCAAUAAUUAUUGCUUAUAAUGGUAAUGUCAAUUCAAUGCCACCAAAUUCACCUUCAAAACCAUUGCCACCUAUUGAUGAAAGGUUUCAUUUGAUUUUACAAAAAUUGAUUAAUCCAAGUUUUGUUGUUUGGUUUAUUGGGACUUUUAUUAUGAUGUUGGGAUUAUUACUUGUGAAUUAUAUUUAUUUGAAUAAGAAAAUCCGGCAAUUACAAUCUCGACAACCAUUUUCAAUAAUCACAAUGAGUAACGACAAUAAUAAUAACAAUAAAGCAAAACAUAUUCCUGUAAAUUCAUGUAACAAUAAAUAUCAAUUUUUUAAAGGUGUGAAUUAUGGAAUUAUUAGUGGUACAUUAACAGCUCAUACUUUUUUAUUUGCCAAAUCUAUUAUUGAUGUAAUUAUUGAAACUAUUCUUCAUGAGAAUUUUAAAAAUUUAUUUACAAUUACUAAUGCCCUACCAUAUUUAUUAUUAUUAACCAUGUUAUCAAUUGUUGGACUACAAUUAACUGCAUUUAAUUUGGGUUUAGCUCAAAUCACUACGGCAAUAUUAUAUCCCUUAUGCUUUUUAAUUUAUAAUUUCAUUAAUUUGAUUAAUGAUUUAAUUUUUAAUUCAUUAAUAACAAGUCACAAAAUGACUUGGUUACAAUUAGUAUGGAUAAUUAUUGGAUUAGUUGGGGUAUUAUGUGGAGUAGUAAUAUUAAGUUGGGAUAGUGCAUUUAAUGCAAAUCAAAAUCAAAGGAAUUUUAAAAAUGGACAUGAUCAUGGAAUUGGAAUCGAAGAUGGCACUGAUUUAAUCAGUAUGAAAUUUCCUUACAACAAUAAUAGUGGUAAUGGUAUUGACAACGAUAAUAAUGUUGAUCCCCAUCAAUCAUACUUGUUUGGUCGUGUUGAUGAACAAACAGAAUUGCUUGAAGGAUCAAGAUCAGGAUCAACUCCGCUUUCUUCUUCUUCCUCAUAUAAUUCAGCUGAUAGUGGUCCAUUAGAUGUUUAUAAACCAUACAGUGAUGAACCCACAAAGGAUCUGGCCACUAUUACUAUUCAACAACAACAACAAAAACCUAAUAUUGAGGCAUUGAUUGAAUUAAAUGAUGAAGCGGCCAUUGAUGCUGAAAUUUCCAUGUUGUCUAAGAAUAGUACUAACCAGAGAUUGUCUUUUGAACAAAAUCAAUUAUUAAACCUGUUAGAUUUGAGUAAAUAG